AACUCUACGCAUACGCCGACUCUUAGUCUUCUUGGUAAGAGAACACAGCACACAUCCUAACAUCGGUAAACUCUGGCACGUAUACCGUCUACUUUACCAUGGAGUAUCUACCGAUCGCAUUGUCCAUAGUGGCAGCAAUACUCGUCGUUAUUUACUACUUUACUACGAGAAAUCAUAAUUUAUUCAAGAAACAUGGAAUUUUGCAUAUUCCACCAACGCCACUGUUUGGAAAUAUGGGACCCUUGCUUAGGCGACAGUGCACCAUGCACGAUUUUAUUCUCAAAAUUUAUCAAUUACAUCCUGAAGCGAAAUAUGUUGGCUUCUACGAAUUUCUGACGCCUGUUCUAAUGCUCCGAGAUCCGGAACUCAUUAAAGCUGUCACCAUCAAGAACGCCGAACAAUUUCCGGACCAUCGUCCGUUAGUGUACGAGGAAAUGGAUCCUUUAUUAGGAGGAAUGUUAUUUAUUCAGAGAGGUGAUCAAUGGAAGGAGCAUAGAAAUAUGUUGUCUCCCACGUUUACUUCUAGCAAGAUAAAAGGCAUGUACAAACUGAUGUCCGAUUGCGCGGUCAAAUUCGUGAACCAUUUAACGAAACUGCCGGAGAACGAGCGUGAAAUGGAGAUGAAGAGCCUUCUGAGUAAAUAUACGAACGACGUCAUCGCUACCUGCGUGUACGGUGUCUCCGUGGACACAAUAAAAGAUCCAAAUAACGUGUUUUACGUGUACGGUAAAAUUGGUACAACCUUCGUGACUUUUAAAAAAUCUCUAACAAUGUUGAUGCACAAAAACGCCCCUUGGUUAGCGAAACUCUUGCAAUUUAAAUACGUAGAAAGCUACGUCGAGAAAUUUUUCUCUGAUAUCGUGACAGAGACGAUCGAAGCUAGAGAAAAGAGUGGAGCUUAUAGAUCUGACGUCAUACAGCUAUUGCUAGAGACUAACAAGAAGAAGGAGCUAGGAAAAGGUAUGAGCGUGGAAAGUAUGGCCUCUCACGCUUUCAGCUUCUUCUUUGGUGGAUUUGAUACUGUCUCCUCGCAAACUUGCAUAGUGACGCACCUGUUAGCCGAGAAUCCAGAUGUUCAAGAAAGAUUACAGCAAGAAAUCGACGAAGCAUUGGAAAACAACAACGGGCAAUUAACCUACGAUGCUCUUAGUGAGAUGAAAUAUCUAGAUGCCGUGAUGAAUGAAUCCUUGCGACUCCAUCCGGUAGCUAUAUUCAUAGACAGACUAUGUGCUAAAGAUUUCGAACUGCCACCUGCGUUACCUGGUGACAAACCUUUCACUGUCAAAAAAGGAAUGAACGUUUGGAUUCCUGUGAAAGCGAUUCAUCACGAUCCUCAAUACUACGAAAAUUCUCUGAAAUUCGAUCCAGACAGGUUCUAUAAAAAUGGUAAGAAGAUUUUGAACUCGGACACGUAUAUGCCAUUUGGCCUUGGGCCCAGAAUGUGCAUCGGAAACCGGUUUGCACUCACAGAGAUGAAGGUAUUGCUGUGUCACCUUCUUGCCAAGUGCAAUGUCAAGAUCGGACCCAAAACGACAACUCCGUUAGAAUUCCAGAAAGGUGUGAUAAACGCCACUGCGAAAAAUGGAUUCUGGUUGAUCAUUGAGCCAAGGAAAAGUUCUUAUCGCUUUGCCCAAGUUAACGGAGGUGCCAAUGGAAUUUGUACAAAUGGAAUAUAAAGUAAAAUAACCUUUAAUUUCCUUGUGUAGAAAAUUUUAAACCUUUAAAAUGAUACGUUUGUUAUACUUUCGCAUCAUUAAACAAUUAAUAUCAUGUAAUGUACAGCUUGCGAAAUAUAGUUGACAUGUCAGAGUUUGAAAAAUCAA